AUGGACAACGAUCAGCCUGUGGGAGCAGACACUAAGCUGGGUCUGUUCGCCCAGUGCAGCAUGGCGAUCGUUCGCUCUGCUACCCUUCCAGAGAAAGAUGCCGAAUCCUUGGCUUCCGCCCUGAGACUGCACCACGGCAAGGUUGUGAUUGACCAGUAUCCGGAACAUCGUCUGGACCUACGACACAUUACCCAUGUCAUCUCUACCACCUCCGACUUUCCCGACUAUAACUCCUGCGUCGAUACUCUUAUUCCUGUCGUCAAGCCCACCUGGUAUGAACACUCACUCGCGAAAAGUAAACUUCUCAACCCACGUCAAUAUUGCCCCGAUCCUCGUUACUUCAUGUCUGAUGUGGUGGCAUGUGUUGGCGACUUGCCGCAGGGCGAUGCCGAUGCGAUAGCUGGCGGAAUAUUGGCUAUGGGCGGAUUGUUCUCUUCGAGACUCACAAGCCAAAUAACUCACAUAAUUGCGCUGUCUAUGGAUUCGGAAUCUGUCGCAAUCGCUACAAAGAAGCAGCUUGCCGUCAAAGUUGUCCUACCACACUGGGUGGACGAUUGUUUGAAACUAGGAAGAAAGAUUGAUGAACAACCUUAUCAAUUUCCAAAUCCAGAAAUCCUGGAAACGGCUGGUGGCAGGGUCCCUGUUGCAAAGCGGAGGAAUCAAGUGAAUGGAGCUGCACACCCUGACCCUGUACAAUUGAAACAAGAUCCUAACCCACCGCGGAAGCUACAAAAUGUCUUCAAGAAUAAAGCCGUCAUGCUGGCGACUGAUUUGGGCAUUGGCAGAUAUCUUCGUGAGACUCUGGAGGGACUCGUAACUGCUGGAGGAGGGACAGUCACAAAAUCCGUGUCCAAGGCCGAUAUGUAUAUCUGCAAAUAUCGGGAAGGAACAGAUUACAAGAUCGCCUCGAAUGCAGGAAAAGAUGUUGGGAAUCUGUCCUGGCUCUACUUCUUGAUACAGACUGACCAGUGGACAUCGCCGACGCGCCGCAUGUUACACUAUCCCGUUGCCAGAGAAGGCCUCCCAGGUUUUCCCGGGCUGGUCAUCAGUCUCUCAAACUAUAGUGGGGAAGCGAGAACAUAUCUUGAAAACCUCAUCAUCGCCACUGGUGCUAAAUGCACCAAAACUCUCAAGCAGGACAAUACACAUCUUAUCACCGCCCACGACCAGAGUGAGAAGUGCGCAGCUGCAAAAGAAUGGGGGGUUCACAUUGUCAACCACCUCUGGUUGGAAGAGAGCUAUGCACGAUGGAAGAUGCAAAGUGUGACCGACAGGCGAUACACCCACUUUCCCCAGCGUACAAACCUGAGCGAUGUUGUCGGCUACACUCAACUGGACCGCAACGUCCUCGAAGAACAUUUCUUCUCUGACGUCGACACCGAGAUGACGGACGUCGCCGAUAACAAGCCAAUAGAGAACGGAGCAGGUGAGGUCCACCAGCCACCGUCGGUGAGGAGGACCAAGGGCGAACAAGCCGCCAAAUCGACCUCCGGUGGUCCCAAGCAGAAUCCCCAGACCCCGGUGACCCCCAGAUUCAUCGCACCUGGGAAAGAGAACAUUACACCCCCAACAACACACAGCCGCAAGUCCAAAGAAGUUGCAGUGUCUCGUUUGCAAGUGCAAGCCGAGGACAUUCUCCUUUUCAACAAGGAGACCAAACGAAAGGGUGGCGUCCUCUAUGGUGGGCGACGCAAAUCAGAUCCAGAUCGUGUCCAACUGGGUCGGAAAAGAUCGAUGGAGGAAGUGGAUGAUGCCGACACGUCAGAUGACAGCGAUGCGAAAAAGAUCAAACGUGAAGAUGCACCUACAAUUCGACUUGUGAUUUCUGGGUACAAGAAAUGGCUCAAUAAUAGCAAAGGCGAAGAUCGUGACAAGAAACAACUUCGCGACCUAGGGAUACUCAUCACUACCGACGCCAGCAAAGCCACACAUCUUGCAGCUCCCAACAUUGUACGGACUCAGAAAUUUGUGACUGCUCUCGCUUACGCACCCUUGGUCAUCUCGACGGACUUUAUUGAUGCCUGUCUCGCUGAGGACAAAUUACUCAAUCCAGAGAAGUUCAAGCUGCGCGACAAAGAAAAUGAGAAGAAGUUUCAACUGUCUCUUGACAAGUCUCGACAGCGGGCGAAGAAGAACGCGAACCGACUUCUCCAAGGCCGCUCUGUCUACUGCAUGGAGAAUAUCCCUGGGGGCUUUGACACAUUCAAAACCAUUGUGGUAGCCAAUGGGGGCCGCUGUAUGCUGUGGAAGAAUCGCAAAGGAACAAUGGUUCCAUCCGGACGGGCAGACAGCGAGUUGUCUACGGAUACUGACGAGAACCACGACGUCUAUCUGCUUAGCGACAACGGGAAGGAAAACCAUGGCAUGUGGUCACGUUUCAGGGAGAUGGCUGAAGGCAGUCGGAAAGUACCAAAAAUAGUGACGUCAGAUUGGCUACUGGAAACUGCAAUGUCUCAGGAGAUACAGCCGACAAAAGCGUAUGAGCUGUAG